UUUGGGCAACCCCUACAUUUGGUGGACAGGAUCUGAUCCCGGGAUCUGUUACCUCUUUCUUUUCUCCAAAGCAGGUGGAGUAAGAAUCGCAGCCAUGGCGAAGAACGUUCACAACGACUACAAGAUGAAGUUCUCUGUGGAUGACGAGUAUCCCGAUCUGUCCUUGCACAACAACCACAUGGCCAAGGUGCUGACCAAGGACAUCUACAGCAAGCUGAGGGGAAAGUCCACCCCCAGUGGCUUCACCGUGGAUGACGUCAUCCAGACUGGUGUUGACAACCCCGGUCACCCCUUCAUCAUGACCGUGGGCUGCGUUGCUGGUGAUGAGGAGUCCUACGAGGUCUUCAAGGACCUGCUGGACCCCAUCAUCUCCGACCGUCACGGUGGAUACAAGCCCACCGACAAGCACAAGACCGACCUGAACUUCGAGAACCUGAAGGGUGGUGAUGACCUGGACCCCAACUACGUUCUGUCCAGCCGUGUCCGUACCGGCCGCAGCAUCAAGGGAUUCACCCUGCCCCCCCACAACAGCCGUGGAGAGCGCAGAGCCAUUGAGAAGCUGUCCAUUGAGGCUCUGGCCAGCCUGGAGGGUGAGUUCAAGGGAAAGUACUAUCCCCUGGAUGGCAUGACCGACGCCGAGCAGGAGCAGCUGAUCGCUGAUCACUUCCUCUUCGACAAGCCCGUGUCCCCCCUGCUGACUUGCGCUGGUAUGGCCCGUGACUGGCCCGACGCCAGAGGCAUCUGGCACAAUGACAACAAGACCUUCCUGGUCUGGGUGAACGAGGAGGAUCACCUGCGUGUCAUCUCCAUGCAGCUGGGAGGCAACAUGAAGGAGGUCUUCAGACGCUUCUGCGUCGGCCUGCAGAAGAUUGAGGAGAUCUUCAAGAAGCACAACCAUGGCUUCAUGUGGAACGAGCAUCUGGGCUACGUCCUGACCUGCCCCUCCAACCUGGGAACCGGCCUGCGCGGUGGUGUGCACGUCAAGCUGCCCAAGCUCAGCACACACGCCAAGUUCGAGGAGAUCCUGACCAGGCUGCGUCUGCAGAAGCGUGGCACAGGUGGUGUGGACACAGCCUCCGUCGGUGGCGUGUUCGACAUCUCCAACGCUGACCGUCUGGGCUCCUCCGAGGUGGACCAGGUCCAGCUGGUGGUUGAUGGCGUCAAGCUGAUGAUUGAGAUGGAGAAGAAGCUCGAGAAGGGAGAGUCCAUCGAUGGCAUGAUCCCCGCCCAGAAGUAAAGAGGACAGACAACCAAUGACCGAGUGACUGUCUGUUUUUUUUUUUUACAUGAUAAAAAAUGAACUGGUAGCCUGGUUGUAAAGUUAUCUUACUGGUUUCGGCCGACUGGCUACUUCCUGCUUACUUCUUUCCAUCAAGAGGACACUCCACAUUUCUGUCUCUGCGCCUUCCUUUCUUUCUUCCUCAUCUUUUCCUUUCCUGCUUCUCUGGUUUCUAAUUUCCUGUCACUUCAAUCAUCUCUCUCCCCAUCUUCUUUGUAACAUCCUGGGAUCAAUCCAUGCAUAGUCUAGUCACGGCUAUGUAUACGCACCAAAAUGAAAACUUUUUUUGGUUGUAAAAUAUAACUGGACAAUUAAAUUAUGCCCCAUGUAACAAUCAAA